AUUUUUUUCUCUUCUCUGUCUUUGUUUCAGUCACAACACAUCCUAGCAAACCCGAGCCUAGCUUUAUAUCACGAUCAGAAACAUUAAAAUUUGUUGCUGGUGAUACAAUCAAAUUGCCUUGUGAUGUAGCCAAUGCGGAUAACUUUAUCGUAGCAUGGAAGCGCGGCAUUGCCAUAAUUUCAGCGGGCACGGUCAAAGUAACACCAGAUCCACGAAUUAGAUUAGCAAAUGGUUAUUCGCUCGAAAUACGCGAUGCCGUGCCACAAGAUGCUGGCGAUUACAUUUGCCAAAUUGCGACUCUUGAGCCGCGUGAAAUCACUCACACUGUGGAAAUAUUAGUGCCAGCAAGAAUUCAUCACAUAAGUUCUGGUGGUCAUCUGCAAGUUAAGAAAGGUGGCUCAGUUAGAAUUGAAUGUUCAGCUUCAGGAAAUCCAAGUCCCAAUGUGACAUGGACAAGGAAGAACAAUAUUUUGCCAAAUGGAGAUGAAAAGCUCAUGUCUCCAAUCUUGUCGAUAGAAAAUAUGGACCGACAUAAAGGCGGUGUGUACAUCUGUUCAGCUAACAAUGGAGUAGGAAAAGCAGCUUCAAGUCAAGUUGUUCUUCAUGUUCUUUAUCCUCCUGAAAUAACUGUUGAGUCGCCAGUUGUUUAUUCUGGCGAGGGACAAGAAGCUAUGCUUGUAUGUAUUGUUCAUGGUGAAUCACAACCUGAGGUUAUUUGGUUCAAAGAGACGAUGCAACUCGACACAACCGAAAGACAUAUUAUGGAAAAUCGUGGAUCACGUCACACAUUAAUCAUAAGGAAGGUUCACCCACAAGAUUUUGGUAAUUACAGUUGUAAUGCUGAAAAUCAAUUGGGAAAGAGUAAAAAAUAUUUAAUGCUGUCGGGUAAACCAAACACAGCAAUAUUUCGAUCUGCUCCAGUCAGCCAAUAUAAAGACAGAUAUAACAUUUCGUGGACAGUUGAUUCACACUCCCCUAUUGAGGAAUAUAAAUUAUUCUUUAGACGCUCAUCGGAAGAGCAUGAGCUUGAUAACAACAUAGAACAGCAAUCACAACCACUUCAACAUCAAACUCAUAGUCAUAGCAAUAGCUUGUAUCCGAAUAACUAUCGUAAUAACUAUGGCAAUCUUCACUGGUCACGUAAUGACUGGCGUGAUGUUGUGCUACCUGCAAUUCCGUUGUCACAUUUAUAUACACAAAGCAUGAGCUACAUGAUACGGGGACUUGAUCCAGAUCAACAAUAUGAAGCGAAAGUUCAGGCGAAAAAUCGUUAUGGUUGGAGCAACAUGUCAGAUAGAUUCACUUUUAGUACAUCAUCAAGUGAUUCCGAGAUGCGUGGAUUAAGUGUUACAUAUUACAGUCGCUCAUCUAAACUUGAGAUAACUCAAUACCUUUGUGUGGUGUCUCUGCUUGCUGCUUUCUUCACAUUCCACAACCACUCAUAAAACUCAAGAAAGUGGAUUUAGUUAAGUUAAGCACAGUGAUUGGGGGAAAAGUUUAUCUGCUAAGCUCUCAACAUAUUUUUUGAUACGUCUACGUAGAAUACAUGAUUUUAUUUUAUUUUCAAGUAAAGAAAAGGAAAAAGAAAUAUUUUAUAUUACUAUAAAUAUUAAUGUGUAACAAUGUUAGUAAGUAAUUAGAAGUUAAGCUCGUAAGUAUGAUUAGAUUUUUUAAUAACCCAUAUGAUGAUGAAAAUAAACAUUAUAUUUAGAAAAUUAUUAAAAGAAAAACUAUUAAAAAACUCCAAAAAAGAAUUAAAGACUUGUAAAUGAAAAACG